GUAAAUAAACAUGCGCAUGAUUAUGGGACUCCCACCCCCAGCUCAUUAACUGGAUUUGCUCGAUCGAUAAAGACAAACAAAUGUUUCCAGAUAAGUCCUGACCAUCAGCUGCAUGUGUUAUGCCUUUCAUUUCACCAUUACCGCACAUCACUUGGCGCUGUAGACAAUUCCAAGGACGUGGGUCUGCCCCAGUAAAUGCUAACCCCGAGUUAGCUGCAUGACUUAGCCGUGGUGUUCGGCUCAUCACGAGCUGCUAAUGUAACGCCAUUCGGUACAACGUCGUCGUCAUCUCAGAAUCCGAAGAUUGAGACGCACACUGCAGCUUUAAAAGACACUCCACAAUGGUGAAAAUAUUCAUCGGGAAUUUGUCCCCAGACACAACAUCAGAUGAACUUCGCUCCCUCUUCUCCCAAUAUGGCAAGAUUGCAGAAUGCACUAUUGUCAAAAACUUUGGCUUUGUGCAUAUGGAUGACAAAGCAGAGGCAGAGGAAGCCAUCAGCAACCUCCACCAUUAUGAGCUAAAUGGCCAACCUAUGAACGUCGAAUUGAGCCGUGGCAAGUCAAGAGGAUCCACUAAACUGCAUGUUGGCAAUAUUGCCUGUACCAACCAGGAGCUAAGGGCCAAGUUUGAGGAGUUUGGUUCUGUGUUGGAGUGUGACAUAGUAAAAAACUAUGCUUUUGUUCACAUGGACCGAAUGGAGGAUGCACUGGAGGCCAUUAAUCAGUUAGACAACACAGCUUUUAAAGGCAAACUGAUGAGCGUGAAGCUUUCGACUAGCCGCCUGCGUACUGCGCCGGGAAUGGGAGACAGAUCGGGUUGUUAUCGUUGCGGGCAGGAAGGCCACUGGUCCAAAGAAUGCCCUCUAGACCAAAAUGGCUACCACAGAAACGGCUCAGAGCCAAAGUCUGAUGGAUAUGAUGCCCCGAGAUUUGGCGGGCGUGGUCGCAGCAGGGGUUAUCAUCCGGACUUCAGUGGCGAUCCUGAUUAUGGUGCCGGCUAUGCUCCAGUACAUGGUGGUUUUUCCCGGGGUUCCGGUCACAGCAGCAGCAUGGCAGGGUACAGAAGGGGCGCAGGCUACGAGGGUGCAAUGAGAUAUGGGCCGCACCCAGGUUAUGGCAUAAGCGCUGUUGCUGAACAUAGCAUGGCUCGGAUGUACGGCAGCGAGGCGGCAUACAGGAGCAACGGCUCACUCUAUGGCGCGGUACCAGCCUACCCGAUGCGACGGUCGCCUUAUGAGGAAAGAGAUCCGUACGGGGUCGUGGACUACUACGAGAAGUACAGGGCCAAUUCUUACGGAGGCAGUUAUUUCGAAGAACGUCGCGCUGUCCCUAUGCCUGGUCCAUCAACAUCCUCCUCCACAGCUUUAAUGAGGGAGCGUGUGCCCCCCUCUAGCCUCGACCCAUAUGAGUGUCCCCUUCCUCCUCCACCAGCCCCGGUCUCCUCAUACUAUGCACGUGACCGGAGUCCGAUUCGGAGAGUCCCUGCUGAGGCAGAUGGAUAUACAUAUGAGCGUUCGCGCCUUUCCCCGGUGCCCACCCACCCAAGAAGUUCUACUUACGACCAUCCGCGGGAUCCCGGCACUGAGCGGGCACGAUACACAUACUAAUCCUUGUACAUACAGUCGGGUGAGAGCUGACUGACAUUUAGUGGAUAGGAUAGCCUAAGUGCCAUUGGAAUCACUGAAAAUUAAGCAUUAACAGUAUAUCUUCUUGGUAAUAUUAGAAGCAAAAGUCAGUCCUUUGUGUAUGAGAGGCGUGUGGGCAGUAAAUAUAAGGUUACGAUAAAACAUGCUAAUCAUUAUGACCAUUGAGUAGAUUUCAUUGUGAUUGUUGAAUGCAUUGACAUGCUGUGAUCUCAUUUCAGGUUAUACGUCAAAAUGCAGUACAACAAAUGCUCAUUUUACCCACUUUCAUUGUCAUGUAUAUCUUGUGGUAUCGGUGCAGCUCUGAAAUGGUUUAGCGUAAGCGUGGAAGUGCAGAUACUGGGUUUAUCUCCAACCUGGUUGUCUAUUAAACAGAAUUUUUUGCCCUACUGAAAGUAGCUAUAUGUUCCUACACUAUUUAGACUCUGUAAAUAGAAACACUUACACUUAAAUUGGUGCAUGGUGCAUGUUUUAAAGGUGAGUCAUUGAAUUGUGUUGACAAAAUAUAAUAGUUUUUUUAAGCCACAUCUAGAGUAGUAUUAUGUGCAUUUUAGUGUUUUGCGUAAUCUUACUACAUAUGUGAAGCAAUGGCAAAACAAAUUUACAUACUGUUUGCUUCAUCCACAUUGUUUAACCUGUACCAAAUAUGGAUCUACACAAUGUAAACAAUGGUUACACUUUUGUAUUUGGUUUAAAUCAAACUGAUUUUUAUGAAGGUGCAUUGUGACUUAAAUUCUAGGCACAUUACUUACACUAAAUUGAUUUUCAUUGCUGUCAUAAAUAUGAGGCUUCUCAUCUUGAUGUAUGUUGUAUUUCUUUAAUGGAAAUAACCUCAAUUGUCUUUCCUGACUUUCUUCAUUUCUAAGUAUUUGGUUAUAAUUAAAAUCUGUGAAAAGUCUUAA